UUAUUUCAUUGUAACAUGACAAAGGAAGAAAAAUUAAAGGAACUUGUGGUAAAGAAGUAUGGUCAACUGGAUUGUUUAGUUAACAACGUCGGAACACAUCCAGGGUCAAAAACCAUUGAUGAACUGACAGUGCAAAGUUUUAGAGAUCUUCUAAAUCUGAAUCUUGUCAGUAACUUCACAGCAAGUAAAUAUGCUCUCCCUUACCUGAGGAAAUCCAAGGGUAAUAUAGUUAACAUCACGAGUAUUAGUGCCCAUUCUGGUACUGGAUUGGCAUCAAGUUAUUGUGCAACUAAGGGUGGAUGCUUGUCACUAACGAAAGCUCUCGCUAUUGACGAGGCAAAACACGGAGUUCGUGUCAAUUGUAUAUCACCAGGGUGUAUAGACACUCCGUUAAUGCGAAGUGUUGAGAAAGCAAGUGGUAAUGAAAUGACAGAGGAAAGACUUAACUAUAUCGGUUCCUUACAUGUAAAUAAUUUAUUGCAGCCAUUAAAUAGGAUUGGUCAACCUAGAGAGAUAGGAAAAGCUUGUCUGUUCCUUGCUGUAGACGCCACCUUCACUACUGGUGAGGAGUUAAUGUGUACCGGAGGCAUUGAAUUAAUAUAAAAUAGAAUGUUACUGAAAAUAGACAAUUUUUGGGAAUAA